CAAUCCCUUAUUCUGCACUUACAUUCAUUCUCGUCUCUUACGCCACUCGGAGAGAGAUUACGCGGUUUGAAUUGUGCAAAUAAAUAUUCGUAAUUUUCUGCUGUUUUUCAUCUCUCAACCCUAACAAACAAACAACCCAAUUUCUUCUUCUCUUAAUCAUGUCAAACAAUCUUCCGACGUCAGGACUUGCUAAUUCCCAAAUCAAUCCAGCUGUUUUGGAGGAGAUCAUCUGUUCCGACUUUAUAAUAAAAGAGAUCGACGGCGCAUCACUUCUUCACAUAGCUUCCGAGCAGAUAGUUCGACCAAUUGUAAAUAAGGAAAAUGAACAGCAGCUGAAAUAUCUGAACAAUGGAAAAUGCUAUUCUGGUGCCGGCAGCUCUUCUGAAUCAAGAGACUUGGAAUUACAAUUCUCAUGUAAUGUUUCGGAAACAGUAUGGACAGCAGACACCAUAAAGGGUGAAGGGAACAGCUCCAUUUUAGUAACUCUAUUUAAUGUUCAUACGGGCGAAGCUGUCAUCUCCGGACCAGAAGCUUCAGCAAAAUUGGAAAUAGUUAUCCUGAAGGGAAGCUUUGACAGAGAUGAUUGGACGGCAGAAGAGUUCAGCCAAAAUAUUAUAAAGGAAAUGAAUGGGAAAAAUAUCCUCAAGGGAAAUGUUGUUCUUGAACUAAAAGACGGCAUAGGAACAUUGACCGAUCUCUCGAUCUUGCAUGAUCGGAAUUGGAAGCGGGUUAGUAAGCUAAGGCUUGGAGCAAGAUUCAUAGAUGGUUUUCAAAAUAUCAGAGUAAAGGAAGCAAAGACAAACACUUUCACUAUGAAAGACAGAAGGAUGAAAGUUUGUGAUACGAGAGCAUUUGGGGUUAGGUUUUCUAACUCUUCAUAAGUCGACGGAUUAUUAUGAAGUCGGCAUCUUAUAUGUAAUUUCUUUUUAAUAAGUUGUGUAAUAUAAUUUUUU